UCUCUUCGUCGGAUGAGAGGGUAUUUCGCUCCGGUGUGUGCUUCAGCUCCGUGAAAAGAUGCAGAGAACUUCCGAGUUCGGAACGUGAAACCAAAGCCAAGCUCAACAACACACAAACCCAAGCGCCGAGGGUGGCCCUCGCUCGAGUGCGCUGACAAGUCUAUUCAAUGAAACUGCAACGGUUUCGACACUUCAGUCUAAUCUACUUUUAAAAGUGUUUGCUUUGCUAACUAAUUUAAUUCGCUAUUUAUGUAUUUAUCAUCGUCGUCGCUAACUUAUUUAUUUAUUUAAAUUAUUCAACUCGUUUGCUGUCAACUAUCAAAGAAGUUCUAAGCUAGCGUUAUCUUCACUAAGGAAAGCACCCCCCGCCCACAAAAUACGCACGUAUACAAAAGAAAAUCCUUCAGCAUCGUAAUCCAGUCAGGUCCGAGGACCACGCAUUCGCUAAGUAACUUAUUCCGUUUGGGUGGAAGCAGCAAAGCCAGGCGCCACCACAACGUUCGUUCGUCUAUCGUUUUGCGGCGGUAUUUUACACCGGAAGGAAACGCGACAGUACAAAUUUAAAAAAUACAAAAAUAAAAAAAAAAAUAGCGAAACAAGAGUAAAAAGCGUGCUCGCGGAAACGGCACGCGUGUUAUAAAAGUCAACCAAAAAGCUUAAACCAACAGACCAGCAGCGUUAAGUGUUAAUUCAAAGAAAAAUCAACAAAAGCAAAACAAUCCUCGUGGAAACCUAAAUUCGACAAUAACGUGCCACCGGAAACAUCAAGUCCAUCAAGUCCAGCGGCCAGCGGCACCAUUGGAGAGGAAGAAACAAUCAGUCCCGCAGCAUCUUCAUCUAACCUAACGUAAAACACAAAAAAAAAAACACAAAACAAAUCAAAGUACAAAGCAUAAUACAGAGGAAAUCAUAUAAGCAAAAGAGUAUUUAAUAUCAACUUUAAAACAAAAUAACCAAAACGCGCAAAACCACAAGUACCAAAAGCAAUCAGUAGAGGGUGUAAACAAUUAUUACCAACUGAAAAAUCAAGGUGUUCAAACAAGUAGAAGCGAUCGAAAAACAUAUAAACAAAAAACUAGUAAAAUCGUGAGGGAGAAAGAAAAACAAACGAAUCAUUAAAUUAUUACUAUCAACUACACAAGUGUGUCCGUGUCGAGUGAAAGUGAGAAAAAGUUCGGUGUUUGCGAGUGGACGUACUAGUUAUUUUUCUUUCUUACCAAAACUCUCUCCUCAAAAACGUAAAACCUCGUGACCUGUGCUACUUCCGGAGGCAUCUUUAUCCGUUUGAAGCGUUAAGGCUAUACAUUUUUAAGCAAUCAGAGAAACAUACACAGAAAAGUAUUUUUGAUACGUGCAAAGAGGUUUUUUCCUAGCGUGUAAGCGAGAGUCACAUUUUACCAAACCAAAAAUAAGCAAAAAAAGAAAGACAAACGGUCCGUAUAAAUAGUUAAAAAACAAACAGAGAUAAAAUUUAAACCACCCCAAAGUGUUUCGACAAAAGUGCACAUUGAAACUGGAAAACAUCUACCUCUGGUGAAGUAGAAGCGAAGUUUAUUUCGAGAGAGGAAAGGGGAAAAGGAAUUGCGUUUGCGUGAAAACGGACAAGGAAGUGUGGAAGACGGAUUACGUUUUACGUCGCGAGUGUUUCGGUUAUUCUAGUCGCGCGUCGCGAGUUCUUUCGGUUCGCCGGUUGCGUUACGGACAACGAUUGUGCGUGUGCGUGGGUGAUUUUGUGGUGAAAAAGGACACCUUGCAGAGUGGUUCAGGUUUUUUGUUCUCGUGGCACAACACUAGCCCUGGAGCGAUGUUGCCACGCGGUCGCAGUUUGCGAGUCGGAGCAUGACCUCGAUGAUGAGCGCUAGCACCGCGGACGACACGACCCAGCAGAGUAUACCCUCGUUCACGUCGUUCUCCGCCGAGCUGGAGCCCUCGUGGGACUACUACGAGCAGCAGCAGCAGCAGCAGCAGCGUUCUUCGACGGAGCGUUCGAGCAGUGCGCCGCACGCAAUCACCGAUGUAAAUUCGCCGCAGCCAACCGCAAACGGCAGCUACACGCGUCCUUGGGAGAUGGACACCAAGGAUAAUCGGAUGGCGCCCCCGAGCGGGCCGCCCGGAACGCCGGGCCCGCCCGUCCCGGCCACGCCCGGCGCAUACCCGGACCACUACCCGAAGCUGCCAUCGUUCCAGAGCCAGUUUCACAGCUUCACCGACACGACACUGGUGGCGGGCGAACCGAGCCUGCCCCAGGUGACGGCCGUGCCGGUCCCCAUUUCGCCAAGUUCGGCUUCCCCGGUCGGCACCGGCGGUUCGCUGACGCAGCUCACGCAGCUUACACCGACCCCGCUGCCGCCGCUGCAGGGCGGCUUCCACACGCUGUCGGCCGUCAACAGUCGCCCGUACCCGAUCGUGCCCGGGGCGAUCCCGGUGCGCGAACUUGCCGGCAUCAACCAGCACCAGUAUAUCGACGAGCGGCACAUCCAGCUGUACCAGCCGAUGACGACCUUCCAGGGUCAGACACUGCCCACGCUGACCGUCAUCAAGAAGGAGCUCGACUACGAGAUGCCGACGCUCAACAACGGGGCGACGCUGCACCACGCCAACUUCCAGAACCCGCUGCUAGACAACGGGCUGUUUGCCGCCCAGAACGGCACGGUGCAUCACAUUCAGCACCAGCAGGCCCAGCUGCAGCACCACCACCAUCUGCAGCAGCAGGCCCAACAACAGCAGCAGCAGCAACAGCAGCAGCAGCACCAUGUCCAGCAGCAAACGACAACACUCGUCUCCAUCUCGACCCCGAUCGGCGGUCAGCAGCAGCAACAGCAGCAAACACAUCCCCAGCAACAGUUGCACCACCAUCAGCACAACCUGAUCACACCCUCCGACCACCACAACAACAACAACAAUAACAACAACAACAAUGGCAAGCUGAGCUCUUCGUUGGGCGGUGGGGGCGCGCACGAGCCGGGCACGCCGGCCCAGAUCACGCGCAUCGACAACCGGAAGAAGGAGCGCCGGAAAAUGCGGGCGCCCUCGCUCGAGUCCAGCGCCGAGUCGGAGGGCAGUGCAAUGGAAAUCGGCGACAGUGGCAAUCCGGGCCAGGUGGCGGCCAUCUCCAGCACCGCCAACUUCAAGAGCCCGAUGCACAGCACGAUGAGCAUGGACACGGACGACGGUGGCAUCGUCGGGGAGAAAUCGACCAAAAAGAAGCGCAAACGUUGCGGCGAGUGCAUCGGAUGCUCGCGCAAGGAUAACUGCGGUGACUGUGCGCCGUGCCGCAACGACAAGAGCCACCAGAUCUGCAAAACCAGACGCUGCGAGAAGCUGACCGAGAAGAAGAUUCUCUACGGUCCGGAUGGCCAGCUGCUCAAGCCGGAAUCCCGCCGGGGUCGAGGAAAGGGCAGCAAAUCGAAGGCAGCGGCAGCCGGAGCAGCCGCGGGCGCAACGAACGGAACGAAUGGAAGCGCCAACGGAGCGAUCGUGUCGUACGACGCCAACGGACAGGCUGUCCGUGCCGACGGAAAGCGUGGUCGCGGACGCGGACGUGGUGGCGGGAGUGGCCGCGGUCGUAAAGCGCUGAAUCUCGGAGCCACCCCGAAGAACGUCCCGCAGAACGCGGCCGUCAGUCCCGCGCCGGCGUCGCUUCCGCACCCGUCGCCCAACACUACGACCGGCACGCCGUCGACGCCAAAUGUGCAGGUGCAGGCGAACCAGCAGGCCCAGCAACAGCAGCAGCAGCAGCAGCAGCAACUGGUGACCGUGUCCGGCGCACAGCCCGGAACCGCCGCACCGCCGACCGCAGCCAGCACCGCCGCAGCACCCCCCGGCCUGCUAGUCGGAGGCGGCCAGAGCCAGCACCAGCACCAGCAGCACCAGCAUCAGCAGCAGGCCCAGCUGCAGCAGCAUCUCGCCAGACAUCCGCCUAUACCGGGCGCGCCACCACCCGGCGGAGGAGGAGGACCAGGGAGCGGUAUCCAGCAGGUAUCGGGACGAGCGCCGCAGCAGCUGCAGCCGCACCACUCCAUCCUCAUCAAGACGGACACGGACGCGGAAAUGAAGGAUCAGCCGCAACAGCCGAUGGCCCCGAUGGCUUUUUAUCCCACCUGGCAGGCCGACCCGUCCCAGGGCUGGCAGAAUCAGUUCAUCCAGCAGAUCCCACAGAACACGCCCGCCAUCACUCCGCUCAACUCGCUGGAGUUCCAACCACAGGGCUAUGCCGCGUACCAACCAAACGGCUACGUACAGACCGCCGGCAUCGGGUUCGACCCGAACUACGGUCGCACGUACGCCGCCCCACCCGCCGUACAGCGCUACGACUUCCAGGCGAACCAGAUCGCCCCCAUCAACCAGGUGUCGCUGCAGAGCGUCAGCUUCGCGCCGACCGUCACCUACGCCGGCCAGGUGUCGACCGGUCCGGCCACGAUCGUGUCGCACAACAACCCGCACGAUCAGUUCAACCUGCAGCUGAGCGCCAGCAAGCAGCAGCAGCAGCAACAGCAGUCCUCGACGGCGGCCUCGGCGGCGUCGGGAAACGACAUGCCUGGAUAUCCACGGGUGAACAGCGUACCGCCGCGCUCACUCAAUUGUAAUGGAUAUUCAGGCCAACAAGACUACGGCGGUCAUCAGACGACGACAACCACGACGACGGUGGCGGGCGCGACGGGCACUAGCAACGGUAGCAGCAGCAGUACGUCCACCUCUAGCGCCUCCAUCGCGUCCCCGUCGUCUGCCUCGGCAGUGGCGACGGUUGCGAGCAACAACAACGCCAGCGGCACGAGUUCCUCUUCGUCCACCGGUGGCAGCGUGAUGCAUCCACCGCAGGGUGGAGGCGUACCACAGUCGCCCAAUCGCAACACACUCCAGCAGCAACCUCCCCGGCCCAACUCCAACCAGCAGCUGUACGCGCAGCAGUCCCCGAAUCCGUACAGCACCACCACCAGCUCCGGCAGCAACAACAACGGAAACGGCAGCUCGAGCCUGCAGCAAUCACCGAGCCACAACGGCAACAACGGCUCGGUAGGCGCGGGUUACUCUAGCAGCCAGGGUAGUGGAAGCCAAGGCCCGAGCGGCAUGCACACACCGUCCCCAAUGGGAGCGACGGCAAACGACAAUCAGCUGCAGCAAUCACCGAGCCAUAUGCAGCAGCAGAGUGAGUGGGGCUGGAACCAGCAGCAACAGCAGCAGCAACAACCGGCCGGUGGCGAUCUCUUCAACCAGUCCGAUCGGGUGAACCUCAACUCGCGGCUCAAGACGAUGAUCAUGAACAAGGGCGACUCGAAGGACGUCCUCCAGCAGCAGCAGCACAUGGGAAGCGGCCAGCAGCAUCUGGCCCACCAGCAGCAAACCGGACCGGGCGGACAGCAAGCGACCGGUCAUUUUUUAUCGUAUAGCCACCAUCUCCGAGACAGUCUCACGCCGACGCACCUGAGCGCACCCGGGCCGGGAACGCCCGGUGCGCCCGGUGGUAGCACCGCCAACGCCAGCCAGCAGAUGAUGGCGGCCGGGGGCGGCGCCGGCGGAGGCAGUAAUGGCAACAGCAGCAACAACAACAGCAGUACUACCAACGAAGGUACGGCGAUCGGAGAUGGUGGCGGCUCGCUGAUCAACAGUAUAGGGAAUAUUGUUGAUCCGACGUGGAAGAGCAGUGCCAGCGGCAGUGGCAACAACAGCAACGGUAGUAACAGUAACAGUAGCGCGAACAACACAGCAAUCCCCGGGGGCAUGAAGUCCCCGCUCGGUGAUCAGCACCAUCACCACCAUCAGCAGCAGCAGCAGCAGCAUCACCACCAUCAUAUGCAUCACGAACAUCUGCUCGGUGGCGUUGGUGGCACCGAUCACCUCGGACACCUACACGGAGCGAAACAGCAUCCGGUUUUUGAGCAGAAGCAGCAAUUAAUCGACAAGAAUAAUACCGACCCCGGUGGGGGCGGCUCGCCCGGGAGCGACCUGAAGCCGGGCAAGAUGGGCAAGGGCUCGGGAUCGUCGUCCUCGUCGUCGUCCUCCGGCGGUGGCUCACCGUCGGCCAAAUCGAAGGGCAAGGGUGGCGAGAAGCACGGUAAAUCGAAGCACGGCAAUCACCACAACCACCAUCAGCAGCAGCAGCAGCAUCAGCAACAUCAGCAGCACCAUCUCGACCAGAUGGGGAUGGACUCGAAGUCCUCGUCGUCCGGGUACGGUAGUGGCGGCUCGAACUCCAGCUUCCUCAUGCACCACGAUCAGCAUCAGCUGCAUCAACAGCAGCAGUACGGCGCGGCGCCGACCAUGAACCAAACAUAUCCCGGCGGCUCGACGACCCCGAACGGCAGCCAGUCGUCCACGACGUCGUCCCUGCUCGGCGGGGUCUACGCCGGUGGUUCCUCGUCUUCCUCCACCUCCUCGAUGAUGGUGGACAGCAAGCUGCUGGUGGACGACAAGAGCCCGCUGAACCGCUUCCGUCACGAUUCCCUCGCGAGCGGGUUCAAUCCGCACCUGCAGGGGUCGGGUGGCGGCGGUGGCACCGGUUCGACCGGUGGCGUUGGCGCGUUCCACCAUCCCUCGACGCACCACCAUCAUCAGGCGGCCGGUUCGAACUACAAUCUGAUGAGCGUGAAAAAGGAACCGGGCCUCGGGUUGGACGAUGGUGGGCAACAGUCGGCGUUGCCGAAGUUUGACGGCGGGUACGAGAAGAACUACCAGAACUUCAUCCGCUACGGUGACUACUGCGACAACACGUCGCAAUCGUCCUCCGCCCAGGCCGGUUUGACAGCCGGUGGUGGUGUGGGUGCAUCGUCCAAGGCAUCGGCGGCGCAGGACUACAACAGCUACUACUCGCCGUACGGUAGCUACGGAAGCUACUCGAGCCAGAGCUACCCGAACUACCAUCAGCAGUCCGCUGCGGUGGCGGCCACCGGGGGUUUCGGCAACGGUGGCGGUUCGGCCAGCAAUAGCAACAGCAACAGCAGCCUUCCACCGACGGAAGCGAGCUCGCUGUUGACGCUGCCGGCCAUCACGACACCGGUCGCCCAUCAGACGAACUUCGAGCAGCAAAUUCCGGCCCACACGUACCCGAUCCCGAAGAACAGCAGCCUACUACCGUCGGCGGGCGAUGUACCGAUCAAGCUGGAAACGGAUGAUGCGGCGGCGUACGGAGGGCUCGGCGGAGGAGCGGUCAGUCUCGGGGCGGACCCAUGCCCCACGAGCAACGACCCAGUGGGGGUGGUGCCGGAAGAAGUUCCACCGCAAGUCGAAACGCAGCCACCUCCGGCGACGGUGGCACCAACGCCAACGGCGACCGGUGGCGGCACGACCACGACCACGAAGAGUAAAUCGAAGAAGGGUGAAAAGAAGGACAAAUCGAAGGACGCCAACAGCCACGCCGCCGACGGGGAGACGAAGGCGGAAGGCACGGCGACCGCAACCACCACGAGCAAGAGCAAGAGCAAGAAGGAGUCGAAAAGCGUUAAGAAGGAACCGCUCGAUCCGGCGCAGAAGGCGGACGACGACAAGCUGGAGAAGUCGCACAAA